CACACCAGCAGAUAUACUCUCCCUGCGCAUGCGCCCAUUGUUCGGGUUUCCAGUUGACUGUAAUGUGUGCUUCUAAAGGGUGUGUUGUCGUUUAGCCACAUCGCGGUGUGUUUCUUUAUGCUCGUGUACUCGGAGCUCAUCGCCUGCCGUCCAUGCAUCGCAAAGAGAAGCUGUAGCUACCGUACAGCCGGAGGCAACGGACUAUGUCUGCAAAUAAAACAAAGAAAGUCAAAAUGGCUACGAAAUCCUGUCCUGAAUGCGACCAACAGAUUCCAGUUGCGUGCAAGUCCUGUCCAUGUGGUUAUGUGUUUAUUAGCAGAAAACUUCUAAAUGCCAAAUUAAACGAGCGCUCUUCUCCAGCUAUAGCAGACAAGCUGGACUUUAAGCGGAGGAGAACAGAACGCAUUCGCAGAGAAAGGAUAGACUCUUCUUUAACCAGUGACAUGGAGAACAGGAGAAGAUCCCGAGCCAACAGCCAAUCAGAUCCCAUUCGAAGGGGACGGGGCAGACCAAAAACAGUGGGACUGAAGAAACAGGAAGAGGAGAAAGAGAAACAAGAGAAGGAAGUGGAUAUUUAUGCCAGUCUUUCGGAUGAGAAGGCCUUUGUCUUUUCUGUGGCCUUGGCUGAGAUCAACCGCAAAAUCUUGGGUCAAAGACUCAUCUUAUAGAUGAAGGCAGAAAUAACUGCGAACCCUGACACAGAACGUAUCGUAGAACAACAGCAAGGGGAGGACCAAAGAGGGCAGAACUGUCUGGAGCAGGACUUUGAUCGGGAUGAUGGGAUGAGAUCCAGACAGCUGCUGAAGCUUGAGACUGAAGUGGACUGAAGUCCUGUCAUUGGGAGGACACAGCUCUCCAGCACCUUGUAGUACACACCCACCACAGACAACAUCCUCAAUUGACAAUAGCUUCACGUUAAUUUAAGGGACCAAGAUAUUUUUGUAGCUGCGUGCUUUCCUACAAACUGAAGAUGCAAUAAAGAUCUUUUUAUUUUAUUUCCAUUGUUAAGUGAUCUGUAAGUAAUGUUGAGCACGUAGUGCACCCUAUGCACACGCCAUGUAUUUAUGAGUUACUUUUAUGGACUAUGGCAAAUGGUCUUAUUUAAGAUGAAUUUCACCUGAAUUAAACUAGAUAACAUUUGCAAUCGACUAAAGACGGUAUCCAGCUUUCCUAGAUUGAUGAAGGCAGUCAGAAAAAUGUUGCUCAGAGGUAGUGCUCAUGUAGUAAAUAUGUUCUCUUUUAAAAUAAAAGGAAUUUUAUCAA